AUGCGCUUGAUCGUGCUGGCAUCGUCGUGGCUGGCCAUCGUCUUCUGUCAAAAUGCAGCUGAUCUCGAAUUCUCUCCAUAUGUCUACACUGCCGUCAAUAUUCCAUUCAAAAGCUCCAACUAUGCUAAAGAUUGGUUUGGAUCAGAUGUAGCCCUGGUUCAACAUCCUUUGCUAGCACCAGCAAAACCGUCCAAACCGGGUAAUCCAGUAGCGCUUCCCACGAUCGCGCCUUACGUCGUUUCAUGGAAGGAUCUUGACAACAUCCACAUCAAUGAUGAGAACGUCUGGAACUUUGAGAAGAGAGUCGAUAGCAAAGUCUGGUGGCCAAGCUAA